AUGGCACAUCAAUGCAGCUUAGAAAGAAUGACCGACAAGAUCGCCACAUUCUCCAAGUUUGGCGACGCGGGCCAUGGAGGAAUUACUCGAUAUACCAUGUCUGAAGAAGACACCUUAGCCAGGAAAGAGUUUCUCCGUCGUAUGACAGCGAUUGGUGCCCAAAUUGAGUACGAUGACGUAGCUAACAUCUACGCGACCCUUCCAGGGACAGACUCUACUGCGAAGAGAAUAGUGAUGGGUUCGCACUGUGACUCCGUUAAGAACGGAGGGAAUUACGAUGGGAUUUUGGGCGUGAUGAGUGCGAUGGAAGUCUUAGAGACAGUCCAUGCCAAUAAGAUAUCACACAAACACCCAUUGACUGCUAUGAUAUGGACCAAUGAAGAAGGGUCGUUAUAUAUGCCAGCUAUGAUGUGUUCAGGAAUAGUGUGUUACGAUAACUUGCCGGAGAAUAUUCGAAGCGGGUUUGUUGAGGAAGAUAUGAUGAAAAGUGCUUCUGUAGUCGACCACACGACCACUUUUGGUGAAAUGUUAGCGAAGAGCGAAUUUAAAGGAGAGAAAAAGAAUCGACUGUGUCCCGAAAAGUAUUUGUAUAUGUUCGAAACACAUAUUGAACAGGGACCCAUUUUGGAGAACCAUAAGAAACAAAUCGGAGUCGUCGACUGCGUACUGGGGAUGUUUAACUACGCGAUUAAAUUCUUCGGACAAACGGUCCACGCAGGAACGUUCCCGAUGAAUCAAAGACACGAUGCGUUCUUUGCAGCUGCUGAGGCCCUUGUGUAUCUCCAUACUGAAAUUGAUAAAUUGAAUAUCCCGGGGUUGGUGUAUACCACCGGUGAAGUUUCUUGCCAACCAAAUGUCCACACGUGCGUACCAAAGUAUUUCGAAUUCUCAAUUGAUGUGAGACACGUCGAUCCAAAGGAACUCGAGAAAGUCUUAGUUGUUGUGAAGAGUGUUGCUGAAAAGACUUGGGGCAAUGGAUGUAAGUGUGUAGUGGAGAAAGCGUGGAAUAGAGACACCGUUUACUUCAACAAGAAGCUUGUUGAGUAUGUGAAAGAGUCUGCUGAUGAUGCUAAGGUCGAUUACGAAUUCAUUCAUUCUGGUGCCGGACAUGAUGCACAAUUCUGUGCUUAUAGAAUCCCAACUACAAUGGUCUUUGUCAGAUCGAGAAAGGGACUCUCACACUGCGAAGAGGAAUAUUCCACACCAGAGGAUUGCACAGCUGGCGCUAGUGUUAUGCUUGGUGCUGUCAUUAAAGCUGAUAAGGAUUAA